CUACAUCAUCUUUCUUUACUCGUAUUUUGAAACAUAAAAAAUCGACAGAAAGUGAAUUGCCAGAUGAUGAUAAUCUUUCAUCUAAUGGCAAAGAUAACCCAAGAAAAUCUACUAAAUGGAUAUUCCUUGCCCCAAAAACUGCAACAAAUUCACAAAGCUCUAUUUCUAGUGGUGCAUCCGGUGACCUUAAUGAUUCAGCAUAUGAAUCAGGUUUAGAAACAGAUUCACCAAAAAAAUCUAAAAAGAAAGAAAAAAAUUUAAAUAUCGAAAGGACAAUAAUCACAGAAUUGAAAGCCGAAGAUGAGGAUUACGAAAAAGUCAAAACAAUGUUUCAAGUUGGACUUCCUAAAAAUAAUAUUCUUGGAAUAUUUCAGUUACAAAUGCCUACUAAACUUUUAAAUAAUCAUGAAGCAUAUAAGAACCAAAUUGCUAAUAGUGCAAAAACCUCAAAAGAUAGAGUAACGCAUAAAAUGUUUCAUGGUACAAAACAUCCUGAUAGUUGUGAUCCUCAACGUUUUAUCAACAAUCGGAAGGCUAAGUUCUGCAAAUCAGGUUGCGGAUUUUGUGGAAUUGCACAAGAAGGAAAUCAAUCCAAAUUUUCUAAUUAUAAUGGCAAAAUGUGGUUUGCCAACAAUUCGAUUACUUCAUUGGGUUAUUGCGGAACUCCUAGUGUAAAGACUAUGUUCGUCAUUGAUGUAAUUGCUGAGCAAUAUCAGGGAAUACUAAUAGUUAGUAAUAACGCAGCAACGAUACCAAGAUACCUUAUCGUAUUUAAAUAA